AUGUCCCUGACAUAUGCACACAUGCGACGAGCCUUAUCUCCAUUGCAGACAAGCUGCUCCUUCAAGCACAAACUCAAUGGAGUCUUUUUCGAGCAUUAUGUCCCCGACAUACGCUCGCAGGAGAUAAGCCUCACCUCCACUGAAGGCAAGCUACUUCUCGAGCACAAACUCGAUGAAGUCUUUUUCGAGCAUUAUGUCCCCGACAUACGCUCACAGGCGACAAGCCUCACGUCCACUUAA